GCUUUGUUGUCUAUAUGAUGUUCUUGUUCUUGGGGACAAUGGGUGAGUCUAUGUACAAGUUCCACAUUUCGGUGCGUUGUACCAAGUUGUCGUAUGUUUAUCAUGUCGGGGUUUUAUUUUUUUACCACAGCUGGGACAAAGACACAAUACAGCUUAUCUGUUCGCCAAGACAAACAUUUCGUGUUUGCUAAAGUGGGAGACAACUUGACUCUGCAAUGCUUCUACGAAAACGUCGUGGACGCACGGUUCUACUGGUACAGGCAAAAUCUGGGGCAGAAGCCAAGGCUGGUCUCCACCUAUUACAAGUACGACAAGAACGCCACUUUCCAUGAUGAAUUCAGAGACAGUCCACGCUUUGAGCUGGAGACCACUAAAGGCAAAAAUCACUUGAAGAUAAGAGAUCUGAGGAUUUCAGACUCUGCACUUUACUUCUGUGCAAGCAGCUACCUAUACAGGCUGGAUUUUGCUGAAGGCACAAUGGUGUAUGUAGAACAAACAGGUUCCAAGCUGAAAACUUCAGUUUAUCAGUCAGCAUUGGAGACCAUCCAGCCCGGAGGCUCUGUGACCCUGAACUGUACGGUACAAACUGGGACCUGCAGCAGAGAGCACAGCGUUUACUGGUUUAAAAACUCUGAAGUGUCUGAACCAGGACUCAUUCACAGCCAAGGGGGUGAGAACAAGCGGUGCAACAACAAAACCAGCGCAGGGACACACAGCUGUGUGUACAAGCUGCCAAUUAGCAAACUGGACGCCUCUCAUGCUGGCACCUACUACUGUGCGGUUGCCUCGUGUGGACACAUUCUGUUCGGAAAAGGAACAAAGUUGGACUUAAAAGAUACCAACAACUUAGAGACUUAUUUAUGGGCCGGAGCCUUUUCUUUCACCUCCCUCCUGAGUGCUUUACUGGCUGUCUUACUGUGUGUGAUACAUAAGAAAAAGAGCUUCAAACGUUCAAAGUCUGUAAAAGGGCCAUCCCAUAAGCCAGAUGUGAAGGAUGCUUACAAUGCACAAAAAGCAUAUUACGCUGCUUUUCUUGUGCUGCACAACAGACCACGAAGGAGAAAGGAUCCUAUCUGGAGUGAAUGUGUGUACUUCAGGGUUUAGUAGUAGAAUGGAAAAAAAUAUAUAUAUUACAGCCAAGUGCAUUUCAACACGCGUGUUUAAUAUAACUUGUUUUUAUUAAUUCACUGUUGUUCAGUUAGAUCCAAAAGGACUUAUCAGAUGAGUUAAUGUCUUUGUGUUUAUUCUUGUAUCCUGUUCCUUUUUGGAUUUUGUUUUCUUAGAUUCGUAUUGUUGGUGUUUUUCCCCAUGUGUUGCUUUUUCCUUUCAGAGUUCUCCAGUGUUUUCCAGGCACAAAGUGCCAUUUUAUAGCAUUGAAAAUGGGCCUCUGUCUCUUUAAAAACUGCUGUUCUUUCCAAAACUCUGCCUUCACAACGUUGCUCCCCUAUUAACCCUUUAACAGCUUUGCACUGAGAAGUAACAACAUUAUAACAUGCUUUUAUGCUCAGAUACAUCCAGUCGCCAAUGAGCUUCACUGGUUUUCUGAACUCAACAUGAUAACAGUCUUGGUCGAAUGAAAAUUGUUAUAAAACAUUUUUUUUUUAUCAUUUCAGUAAAUGUGCUUAUAAUUCUAUGAAUUUUGAGUCUAUCAAUUUUUGCUUUUGUUAUUUUUUUUAAUCAACAUUAAGCUUGAAUGUGUCUGUUGGUUACAUAAACAUUGCAAAAUAGCAAUAGUUGACUUUUAUGUUUAUGAAUAAUUUCUGUAGCUUUGUUAUCAUUUUUUAAGAUGCCAUGAGCUUUUAUCUGCUUUUCUUCUACAUUAAAGUUUAACAGUAUCAAAUGUGUUGUGACUAUUUCAAAAAUUUCUGCCACCAACUGAAUGUCUGUGACUCUGGUCAGUGAAGC